AGAGGAGCGUGAGUUACACUGAGACUCAGGACAGGUUUUACUCUCAGUAUAAACACACUAACAGGCUGCUAACAUCAGGGACAACGACUGGAAGAGUAUCAACCUUGCUGUUUAUUCGUAGAAAGCUCGUAUAGCUUUCCAAAACCAGGCAAAGGAUGACAAACAUCUCACGAUAUCUUGUCAACCACCUGCUGACAUUCUCUCUCAAGGAUGGUGAGGUGAUCAAUGUGGAGGAGGCCCAGGCCCGGCUCUCCUUCCUGGCUCAGAGCAAAAAGCUGUGGAGUCAACAGAUGUUCCUGGAUGUUGGAGUUAAGGCCGUUCAACUCCGAGACAUACAGAACCAGGAUGAGCUGGAGAACUACCCUUUCGCAUCCAUCUUCCGCUGCGACGCCGUACACGAAGAGAAACACUUCCCGUCCCUCCUCCAGCUGGUCUGCCAGAGUGCAGAUCAGAAGAAGCCCGACAUCCUCUUCUUCAACUGCGAGAAUGUGAAGGCACAGCAAAUCUGUGACGACAUCGCACGCGCAGUUUCUGCUCCUUCCACCGGCAGGAGUAAGAAACCUGAUGCCCUCAGGCUUCCUCAGAGUGGGGGGGAUAUGAUCGACCCGUAUGAAAUCCCAAGCCACCCCAUCCCACAUGCUCCAAACGCCCCUCCAGCCAACCCUCCACCUUACCCUGGACCCAGAGCGAACGGCAUAAACGGCGGGCAAGACAUUUCCUUCCUGCGAGCAGAGAGAGAAGUGGGGAUCCUCAAUCACUGCUUCGAUGACAUUGAGAACUUCAUGGGCAAGCUGCAGCAAACUGCGGACGCUGCCACGGUGCUCAACAUGAAGAAGAAGAAGAAGAAGAAAAGUAAAAAGCAAAGUGCUGAAGAAGACUUACUCACUGCAAAAGCCCGCCCUCCAGCAGAGGAGGAAUUUGUCGAUAUCUUCCAGAAAUUCAAAUAUUGCUUCAGCCUGUUGGCUCGUCUGAAGUCAACAAUCUCCAACCCUUCAUCGGAAGAGCUCGUUCACCACGUAUUCAAACCUUUGGAUAUGAUGGUGAAGACCACAGGGGGGCCUGCGCUCGGGGGCUCCGUGUCCAGCCCCGCCCUCACCAGCUCGGCUGUGUCCCUGCUGGACGACACCCUGAGCGACGGGGAGAAGCAGCUGUGGACGUCUCUGGGUCCCAACUGGACGCAGCCACGCUCUCAGCUCCGAGGGCCCGUCGCUCCCUACACUCCUGUGUUUUUGGACGGGUGGAAACCGGAGGCCUCGAGGGCGGACGGGCAGGUUUGGGAAGAUCCGGUCGAGUCACAGCACAAAUAUGACGCCCUCCGAGUCAAACCAGAGCAGCUGCCAACUGGCCCUCCAGAAAUCCACAUCAGUGAUGAAACAGACGACAGUAAACUCCCCCCCGAGCCGGACAGACUCUACAGCUGCACGUACGACUUCAUCGCGAGGAACAGCACCGAGCUCUCCGUGCAGCAGGGGGAGACUCUCGAGGUGAUAGAAUCGUCCAAGCGCUGGUGGAAGUGUCGUAAUCGGUUCGACCAGAUUGGAUUCGUCCCCUUUAACAUCCUGGACCCCUUGACUCACGUCGACAGCCCCGUCCACAACAGGCCUCCCAGUGCUCCAGUUCCCCUCGCCAAGACUUUCUCUGUGGUCCCUCCCAGCCCCCCUGCUCUCCCCCAGGCCCUCACCCACUCCCUCGCCCACUCCCCCCAGCGCCCACGCAGCUUGCCGCCUUACAGCCAACACAACCAACACAUAUCGGCUGCAGAGGACCCAGAGAAUAAAGUCAUGCUGAUGAAUGACGAGCUGCUGCAGAGGCUUGCCAAUGGGAAGACCCACCUGAACAAACCCCUGGUGAUCCCCCGCUCCUCGGAGACCUCGGCCCCGCUGGACUACCACUCCCCUCCGGACGAGGUGGCCGAGUGGCUGCGGGGGAAGGGCUUCAGCGAGCCAGCGGUGUCGUGUCUCGGGGUGCUGACGGGCGCUCAGCUGUUCUCCCUGAACAAAGAGGAACUGCGCUUGGUGAUCCCAGAGGAAGGAGCCCGCGUGUACAGCCAGCUCACCGUGCAGAAAGCCCUGCUGGAGGAUGCCAGGAGGGCCACAGAGCUGGAGGCGGUGAUGGAGAAACAGAAGAUGAAGGUGGAUCUGAAAGUGGAGAGCAGCACGUUCUGAGCAGCAGCGUCUACAUCGUGAAGAGCCUCCCAUGAAGGAUUGUUCUAAUAGUGUCGUCAAUCAAGACAGAAGACAUUUUUUACAAUAUAGUAUAGAAUAAACAUUGGACAGCUACUUGACUAUCUAACAUUGUCUGUGAAGCUAAAAAGGUCAUUUUGACUCUUUCUUCAUCCUAAAACCAAAGUAUUUGGCAGCGAAUCAGAAAUGUAAGAUUUGAAUAGUAGCGGACGCUGUGCCAAUUUAAUAUUUUAACAUUAAAGGUGGGGUAGGUAAUUCACUUCAGAAACACUUUGUUAUAUUCCAUGGAAUGCUCUUAACAUCCCGAUAGCAAUGAAUAUAUUAAAU